AUGGCUCCAAGUCUGAGCAAAGGCGCUUCUAACAUCAGUGUUCUGGCUGAUGGAUGCAAUUUGUCAUCCAUCAGUCUUGAAGACUCAAACUUCAUGGUGAAUGAUCAUGUCAUUCUGUCUGAAGUCCCGCCUAAUAUUGUUGCCACGCCGUCGCCAUACAUCAUCGGCGGCGGGGACAAGAAACCGGCGACCACCUCAUCGGGUUGUUUUGUCGGGUUUGACUCCAAAGAACCCAGAAGCCAUCACGUGGUUCCCAUUGGCAAGCUAAAAGACAUUCGUUUCAUGAGCAUUUUCAGGUUCAAGGUUUGGUGGACUACCCAUUGGAUCGGAACCCGGGGCGGCGACCUCGAGAACGAGACUCAGAUUGUCAUUCUCGACAAGUCCGACCCCGGCGACGGCGGUCGUCCUUACGUCCUGCUUCUUCCGCUACUGGAAGGUCCUUUCCGGGCUUCCCUCCAGCCAGGCAAAGACGACUUCGUAGACCUUUGCGUCGAGAGUGGGUCCACCAAAGUCACCGGCGGGUUAUUCCGGAGUGUUCUUUACAUGCAUGCCGGCGACGACCCAUUCAGCUUAGUCAAAGACGCCAUGAAAGUCAUCAGGCACCAUCUCGGGACGUUCAAGUUGCUGGAGGAAAAAACUCCGCCGGGUAUUGUUGACAAAUUCGGGUGGUGCACUUGGGACGCAUUUUACCUUACCGUACAACCGCGGGGCGUCUGGGAAGGCGUGAAGGGCCUCGUUGAAGGCGGGUGCCCGCCCGGAUUAGUCUUGAUUGACGACGGGUGGCAGUCCAUUUGCCACGACGACGACCCGAUCACAACGGAAGGGAUGAAUAGGACGGCCGCCGGCGAACAGAUGCCCUGCCGGUUAAUUCAAUUCCAAGAGAACUACAAAUUCAGAGACUACCAGAACCCAACUUCCGGGGACCCGGGAAAACCGAAAUCCGGGAUGGGUGCAUUCAUCCGGGACUUGAAGGAGAACUUCAAGAGCGUUGACUACGUGUACGUGUGGCAUGCUCUGUGUGGGUAUUGGGGCGGGAUCCGACCCAAUAUUCCGGGUCUGCCGGAAUCCAAAGUCAUUGCGCCCAAGUUGACACCCGGGUUGAAGCUAACCAUGGAAGAUUUGGCGGUGGACAAGAUCGUGAACAAUGGUGUCGGCCUGGUCCCACCGGAGAUGGUUGACCAACUGUAUGAAGGACUUCAUUCACACCUGGAAUCAGUUGGGAUUGAUGGAGUCAAGGUGGACGUUAUUCAUUUGUUGGAAAUGCUGUGCGAGGAUUAUGGAGGAAGAGUGGAGCUUGCAAAAGCUUACUACAAAGCACUCACAUCAUCGGUGAGGAACCACUUCAAAGGGAAUGGAGUGAUUGCCAGCAUGGAGCACUGCAACGAUUUCAUGUUCCUGGGUACCGAAGCCAUUUCUCUUGGACGUGUUGGGGAUGACUUUUGGUGCACAGAUCCAUCUGGUGACCCGAAUGGUACAUUCUGGCUACAAGGAUGCCACAUGGUUCACUGUGCAUACAACAGCUUGUGGAUGGGUAAUUUUAUCCACCCGGAUUGGGACAUGUUCCAGUCAACUCAUCCUUGUGCAGAAUUUCAUGCCGCCUCCAGAGCCAUCUCCGGUGGACCUAUUUACGUGAGUGACUCCGUCGGGAAGCACAACUUUGACCUUCUCAAGACCUUAGUCUUGCCGGACGGUUCCAUCCUCCGGUGUCAAUACUAUGCGCUCCCGACUCGUGAUUGCCUAUUUGAAGACCCGCUUCACGAUGGGAAAACCAUGCUUAAGAUUUGGAACCUCAAUAAGUACACUGGAGUUGUUGGGGCAUUCAACUGCCAAGGAGGAGGAUGGUGCAGAGAAGCAAGGCGCAACAAAUGUGCCUCCCAAUACUCUCACGCCGUGACCUCCACCGCCGGUCCCAAAGACGUCGAGUGGAAACACGGAACGUCUCCCGCCAUUUCUGUGGACGGAGUUGGGCUGUUUGCUCUGUAUUCAUUCCGGGAAAAGAAGCUAGUUUUGUCGAAGCCGGCCGACACCGUCGCCAUAUCUCUGGAGCCAUUCAAUUUCGAGCUCAUCACGGUUUCUCCGGUUAAGGUGUUGGGUACCAAAAACGUGCAGUUUGCACCGAUUGGAUUGGUGAACAUGCUCAAUUCCGGGGGUGCAAUUCAGACUAUGGUUUUGAAUGAUGGUGAUGGAUCUGUUCAAAUCGAGGUGAAGGGUACCGGCGAAAUGAGGGUGUUUUGUGACCGGGAACCGGAGGUUUGCCGUAUCAAUGGUAAUGAGGUGCCACUCCGAUACGAAGGGCAAAUGGUUAUAGUUCAAGUUCCAUGGCAUCAUCCUUCCGGAGUUUCUGUAAUCGACUACCAGUUUUGA